UCCAGGACAGGAGUGCUCGACUUAAGGAUCGCAUCUACCUGCAACGUCACGUCAACGACCAUGCUAUCCGCGUGCACCGUGAACGCGGCUCCCGUCGGCAUCUCCCGUCGUGUCUCGGACCGCGCGAACACGACGACGCAGUCCCGAUCGCGAGUGAUGCGUGGCGGCCGUCUGCGCGGCGCCGUCUCGCUUCCCCGACGCCGCACGCCCGCGUCGAAUGUCGCUCGCGCAGCCUUCGGGGAGAUCGAGCGCGCGCGGGGUCAGGACUACGCCUCGGCCGCGGAGGUCUUCGUCGAGGCGUUCUUCCUUCGCAAGGGCGGCGCGGCAGACGUCAUCACCAAGUCGGAGCUCGCGUACCUGAACGGCGCGCAGAAGCGGGACAUGGUGGGCCGAUACAACAAGAGAGGGCUCUGCGCAAUGUACGUCAUCAGGGACGACGACACCGGAAAGGUCGUCGGGUGCGUGGGCGCGGACGUCCAGACGUUCAAGGGCACCGUUCCCGUCAAGCGCGCCACCGACGCCACCAAGGGGGAAGUCGCCGAUCGACCCGUCAUCGCCAACCUGGCCACGGCGCCCGCGGCGAGGCGACGGGGCCUCGCCAAGAAGCUGAUGGCGCGAAUCGAGGAGGAGUGCAAGGAGUGGGGGUUCGAGGAGGCCGUGCUCGUCGUCGAGGCGAACAACUCCAAGGCCAGGAGCCUAUACUCCAAGCUCGGGUACAAGGCGAUCGGGGGCGAGCCAGACACGCCCAACAUCGUAAUCGACAGGGAGACGGGCAAGGUGGUCAACGGGGCGGUGAAGACGGUGUUCAUGAGGAAGAGCCUGAAGGAGGGCGCGGGGGGUGUGCUGGAGAAUAUUGACGUCACGAAGCUCGUGGGAGUGGGCGCGGCGGUCGCGGCGGCGGCGAAGUUUGCGCUGGGUAGUCAAUGAGCUAGGAGGUGUUGUCGAUGAUUGAUGUUUAUUUUUUUUUCGGC